AUGGAGAGUUCUGUCCUUCAGCUGAAAAGCCUUAGUGACUCCUGGAUGAGUCUCAGCUCCAUUUUCAUAGCAAUGGACGUGAUCUUUGGCAUUAUGUGUGGAGUGGGGCUCUUCUUCCUACUGAUCCCCUUCCUGAAGACAUACCCAGUGUCACCACCACCUGGGAGUGGAAAGAACACCCCAAAGGUGAUGAGGAGGAGGCCGAGCAAGACCAGGAAGAAAAAUGCUUCUGGAAAAGGUUGUAGUGAUGACAGAAAGAGUGUGGAAGAGAACCAGAAUCCAUCACAACCUGUGGAAAUCCCUAUCAAGCAACUGUUAUUGGACUCUGCAUCACUCCCCUUUGGGAAAUCUAAUGAGAAACAGGAUCAGCUUCCCCUCUCUCAGCUGCUGUCUCACCUCAAGUUCUUGGAGGAUGUUAUACAGCAAAAAUUUAGCCAGAUUUUCUGGGGCAUGUCCUCUGUGCUCUCUGAGUCAGUGGUGGCUACUGCCUGGGUCUCCAAGAGGCCUUACUCUGCAAGACAUAAAACCGUGAGGUUCAGUGAUACAGUUGAUCCUUUCCCAGCUCUGCCUCUCGCUCAAGGACCUCCACACAUUUCUCAGGCCCAGCCGUUGCCCCACCAACUUGUGACACCAAGCUUGGCAGAUUUGACAGAGGUCCAGACACUGUAUAACCUCCCAAGCUCUACACCAAACCAAGUACUUUCUUCAUCCACAAGUAGAGCCAGUGAAAAACCAUAUCCUACCAUAAAGUCAAGGAUAAAGGCAUCCCUCCUGACUGAAAACCAGCCCUGGCAGCAGGAUCUGGAGUGGAAAGACACCAUAGGCUCCAAUGUCCAAAAUCAUCAAGCAGCCAUUAGCCAGCCCACUCACAAGUUGCCCAGGGACCUCCCACCCGCUGAAGCUAUCGGGUCGGCCUCUAUCCCUCCUGAGCAUUGUCAGUUCCUCCAGCACCAUGAGGAGCCACACAGUGAAUACAGGAUGACGAAGGUGAGAGAACAAGGCCCCCCCUUCAGGUUCCUCCCAUCCCAGGAACUGACGCAGCUGCAGGGACACUUCCCAGCAAACAGUCGUCGCCAGUCUAAGGACAAGCCUGAACUCCCCCAGCCUGCCCAGCCCUCCAUCCUCGACUACAAAAGCUGCAAGUCGAGUCAGAUGAUUGAGACUACGCCCUCAGGGAUGCCCUUAAAGAAGGGCCCAGCAAGAUGUAACAUACAUGAACUCAUCAAGGAGGGCCCCAGUUUUAGGGCCAAAGUCUUGCCUUGCACUUCAAGCAGCACCCCUGGGCAGGGUCUGAAACCCAGAAAAUGUGCACUGAGGACAGAGCAGCUGUCCUAUGUGAACACCACCCAGGACCUUUCCUUCCUUGACCCUGAAACCCAAAGGAAACUGGACUCAAACAUCAAACAGCUUCCUACAAAACACAGAUGGAGACCAUAUUCUGUUUCUAAGGUUGAAUACUAUUCCAAGGCUGCCAUGAUCCUGGAAAAAUUGCAUCACCGAGAUCCAGGAGGGACAAGGGUAGAAACUGUGUCGGCGUCCAGGCUGCAGAGUCCUCUGUUUGCACACUCACCUUCAGAGGUUCAGGAGAUGCAAAGAACCACCCCACCAGCUGCCAGCCAUGGGCCCGCCAAGGCCCAUCCAGAUACACGGCAGAGCUAUCUGAGCACUCAGACCCGGGCUUUCUGCUUCCAGGCAAAAACCCAGAAGAGCAGGAUUGUCCAAGGGACUGGAAGAGGCAGCCUGCAACCGAGGGCCAGCCCAAGAAUGCCCAAGCAUGCAGCAUGGAAGAGGUUUGAGGAUGUGGCCUCAGGACAUCCCUGCUGGAGUGGGACAAUGCCGGACCCUCAAGAAAGGGUCCCACCUCCAGUGGUCAAACAAACCAAUAGAUCGGAGGAGAAAAAAGAGACAACUCCUGCAUGGAAAGUGAGUCUGGGAUUCACAGAGAUUCCCAUUGGCCAAGCCAUCAAUAUCCAUCUCAGGGACUUUGAGUUUAAAGAGGCCAGUAGAAGCCCAGGCCGUUUGCAAACACCUACUCCACAGCACUCAGGAGAUUCAGCUCUAAAGACACAAGUGUGUAGUGAGAUUGACUUCAGAUCAAACAAGCAGCCACAGGCCCGGCCUGUGGGCCAUCAUAAAAACAGCCUCAGUUCAGUGAGUUUGCCUUCAGAGCAUUUGCUUCCCAGCUUCCAGAAUAGAUCCAAAAAACCCAAGACUUUCCAGGACCUAGAUGAUAUCUUCAUGAGGAGAGAUCCGAGCCAGGAGACUCAGAACUUCAGAGUUCCCAAGAAUAAGAUUCAAGCAAAGAAUCACAAGGCAUUUCAUCCCAAUGACAAGAAGAAGGAGUUGGUGAGAAGCAGAGCCACAUGCCAGGAAGAAAGUUCAGGGAGAGGGAGGCCCUCUACCCCAAGCUUUACCCAGUUCAAGGAUACAUCAUCCAUAACUGAGUUUCAGCCCUCUUUUGAUAUGCCAGAAAAGGGGCAGGCUCUGCCAGAAAAUAAUCUGAAGAAAAUGAAAAGGAUUUUUCUACAAUAUCUCGACCUCAACACAAAAGACAAGGGGCAGGGGGAUUCUCUGAAGAGUGAAAACUCUACACCAGCCACUGUGAUUACCCAGGAGGCAGACUCAAAAGAAAAGCUCCUCUACAGUAUGGUAGUUGAAAUGCAAUACAUCAUGAAUGUUGUGGUACAGAUCCUAGUGAACUGGCUGGGUCUUAAUGUAGGAGACCCAAUAGAGGAACAAUGGUAUAAAGUGGAACCUCUGACAUCCCAUCUGAGUCACUCUCCUAAGGGUCUCUAUGACCCUAAGAAUAGCAGACCAGAGAGACUAAUGUGCCCCGAGGGUCAGAGCCAUCCAUCCAUAUAUAAGGGAAUCAGAGACAAACAGCAGUUGGUUGUUGGUGCCCAGAGAGCCUGUGAUCAACAUCAGAACAGAGUGAAGAGUGGAAUGGGCUAUGGCCAACUCCCCACUCCCAAGGGGAACAACCAUCCAUGUAGGAACAGGGGAAUUGGAGACAAACAGCAAUUAGAUGUUGAUGCCCAGAGAGCCUAUGACCCAAAUCAAAUUAAAAUGAAGAGUGGAAGGGGCUGCUAUCCACAUGCCAGCCCCAAAGGACACAAACAUCUAUUUAUGCACAGAAAUGUUAGAGAUAAGCAGCAAUCAGGCAUUGUCCAGAGGGCCUGUGACCCACAUCAAAGGACAGAAAAGGGAAUGGGCUGUGGCCACCUCAUCGGUCCUAGAGAGAACAACCAUCCAGUCACAUACAGAGGAAGUGGAGACAAGAAGCAGUCAUAUGCUGCUGCCCAGAGAGCUGGUCACCCCAAAUGGACCUUACCAGCAUAG